AUGGAGUGGCUGGAGGCUCACGCUCGGCUGGAGCAGAAGCGGAAGGCGGCGGUGAGGCGGCAGCAGCGCGAGCUCCAGCGCAAGAAGCGCGAGGCGGAGGCACGCGAGCGGGAGCUGCAGAAGCUGGCCGCGCGAUGUCGAGAGAUGGAGGAGGAGGAGAAGCUCUCAGUCACGAUGGAGGCCUGGUAUCGGGACAAAGAAGAGCGAAAGAGGCUGGAGGCUCAGCGGCUGGAGGACUUGAAGCUGUACGCGACCAUCUCCAGGACGAGGAAGAAGAUGCUGGAGCUCGGUCUCUCGCUGUCGACUCCGGGCGCUGCUGGACUCCAGCGACUGCGACUGCUUGAAGCUCGAAUAGCGGAGAAGGAGCUGGCGCUGAAGAAGUCCCACGAGGCGAAAAUCCGACUGAACGCGCUCCCCGCGAAGCGGAACAAGCUCUCGCAACUGAUGCACUCGUUCUUCGCGUCAAGUGUGAGGAAGAAGGUGGAGCAUGCAGUCUACCACCAGCAUUGGGACCGACUCGUGCCUCUCUUCGACCCGGCCACUGCGUCAUCAGGAAAUCGAUCCCCGGAGCUAUUGAACCACGAGAGCGAGAACGGAUUCACGCCUGUACUGGUCGCGAUCUUUAAGGGAAAGUUGCGCGUGUUGCGCCAAUUGCUGGAGCUAGGCGCAUCUCCGAAUACAGAGACCAAAGGCGGCAUCACACCUCUGCUGGCUGUCGUCAUGACGGGGGACAUCGUUGCUUUGAGUAUUCUGGUCGAGUUUAAGGUAGACCUAAAUCAUGAGACGAAGAACAACAUCAACGCCGUCCUAUUAGCUGCUGAUAAAGGUCGCGAGGAGAUACUCAGAGCCUUACUGGAGCAUGGAGCGAAUGUCGACGGGGUGAACGCUGUUGGCAGGUCGACGCUCAUUCAGGCCGCAAUCUCGGGAAACGUCGACUUGUUCCGGAUUCUGUCGGCCUACGGAGCGAGUAAAGAGCUUCGGGAUCGCGACGGGAAAGCGGCACUUGACUGGGCCAUUCAGCUACGAAACUCGGCCAUUGUGUCGAUUCUGAAUAGCUCUAUCGCCAGCGCGAACCUGCUGGCACAGCUCAAAGCUGAAGACGAAGAGGAGGACGGCGAAGUACUAAGCUCCUUGUCAACGAACCGAGUGCUUCGGCAGAAACGAAGGGCGGAAAUGCACAAGGUAAUGCACAAUAUUGAUCUGGUCAGGAUUCGAGAACUCUUGUCGAGUGAAGAUUUCCAGCUCAGUCCGAACUACGAAGACGCCAAGGGGAACACGCCUCUGUUAGUUGUCUGCAGUAGCGGAACGUAUGCCGACGUCGUAUUUUGCCUCAAGAGCCACUGCAUUGCAACCCACCAGAACCGCGAAGGAAUCAACGCCUUGAUGAUUGCUUGCAAACGCGGCGAUGUCGCCAUGAUGGAGUUGUUAAUGAAGUCUGGCUGCAGCCUGUCGACUCGGGACUUUUCAGGUCAUGAUGCGUUUUACUAUCUGAAUUCCUAUGACCACCCGGACCUUGCCAUCGAAUACACAAUGAAGCACCGUGCUCGUGGUAAUAGCGACAACAACAGUAUCCCUGCGCUAGCGCUAGGAAAUAUCGCCCCUUCCAUGAGCUUCCUGAAAUCCGAGUACUCUAUUUCGUUGGCACAAGCGGACAUCUCACUGAGUCUCGAAGGUGCAAGUGAUGACAGCAGCCGCUCCGUUGAUGAGACGGCAAGUGUACAGCUUGACCAAGACGAAGAUGAAAGUGAGGAGCAAGGCAACAACGAUCCAGCUAUUCGGAAGUGGGGGAUUCGUCAGGAAACGCUGAAGAGAGACAAACAUCGGCUGAAAUUGUACGAGAAGGAACGAGCGCGCAUUCUGGCUGCAAGAGUCCGAGGCCGCCGGAACGGACUGAUUGCUCCAUUACCAUCGGAUCCAGCCGGUCGACUGAAGUUCCCUACUUGUGACAACUGCCAACAGAGUCGAGGGCGGAAGCAUUGUCCUUCCUGUGACCAGGUGCUGUGUGAUAAAUGCAAUGCGCGCCUGCAUGAGCUAGCUCAUCGACGGCAUCAUCAGUACGAAGAGCUGACUCCGGAGCUGUAUGUAGGGCACGAACGCCUAGUAGUGGCCCAAACGAACCAGGAGAACUCCCUUCAGUACGCCGUCGUGAAGAGUGUUGACUGCGUCGCUGAAAUGCGGAGCUUAAUACUCGGGGAUGAUCCUGUUCCCUAUACGGUUGUGUCACCGAGUUCAGUUGACCCGGAGGUGGAGAAGUACCAGCGGAAACAGCGGAUCGCGAAGGAGAAAGCCAUCUCGCAGAUGCAAAUUAACGUUCCAGUCGCCGCCGCGAAGCAUGCAGCUCAAGCAGGAGAAGAGACAGUGUACUCGCAGCCUGCUGAGCUCGAACUCGCAGCACUUUAUACUACACAAAAGAAGUAUGACAAGGCUCGAGAGCUUCUGGCACAGGUGAAUAAACUAGUCACAGACUCGUUAGGCAUUCUUCACCCUACCAUGCUGAAGGUCGCAAUCGGCAAGGCUCGCAUCCUUCAGUGCAUCACCACGAUGCAAGAAGCACUUUCACUGUUUGAAAGCGUGCUACCCCUUGAUCACAAGGACACCCUCAUGGCUACUGUAAUGCUACUUCAAAGCCUCGACGCGAUGGAGCGCUAUCACGAGGCAGUUCAAGCGUGCCGCCACCAGUUGGACGAGUUCAUUUCGAAGCGGGAGAUGGCCGACAUGGGCAAGGAGGACCUUGUCACACUGGAGAAGAUGGAGCAGGAGAGGAGGCGUCUUGAACAACUGGCCAACGAAAGCGAAAAGCACUUGGAGAGCUUUCGACGCCUCAUGAUGAAAGACCCCGAGGGCUUAGCCACCUUCUUAGCGUUUGCAAGACAGGAAUUCGCUGAAGACCUUGUGACGUUUUGGAUUUCGAUCGAGGAAUUCAAAGAGGAUGGACUCGAUAGCAAAACCCUUCGCUCACGCGCUGUGGCAACGUACCUCACCUACAUCAAGUCGCGCCGCAUUAAAGUCAUUACAGCGGCACAGCGCAAGAAAAUCAAGAAGGCCAUCACGACCCCCGGCAAGAAACUGCAGCAAACAAUCUACGACGACGUCCAGGCGCAGAUAUUCGAGCUCGUGUACAAGGGCGUGUACGUGCGGUACCUCGCACAAACCACCAAGUGA